AUGAGCAAGUAAAAUAAGCUUUUAUUUUUAUAUUAAUCUUAUAUUUACUUUUAUUUUUUAAAAAAGGUUGAAUCAAAAAUAGGGAAAAUGCUUUCUGAUUUAACUACAAAAAGAGUAGUUUUAUUAAUUUUUAGUAUUGCUAUUUCUGUACCAUUAUUUAGUGCUGAAACAUACAAUAGUUUAGAGUCUUCCUAUACUUUUGGUUUAAAUUAUUUACAUAAUGUUAUGACUAAUCAAAUAAUUUAUUAAGAUAAUAAUACCUACUAAACUGAACUCAUAAAUUUUUUCAUUUCCAAAUAGACUGAAUAACUAGAUAGAUACAAACUAAUUUAUUUAAAAAUUAAUAAUAAUGUUUAUUAUUAAAGUAGUUUAUAUGAAACAUUAAGGGCAAUAGAAAAAGAUACAUAUAGUGUUUCAUAUUAAACAGGCUUUCAAAAUCAAGCUAUUUGUAUAUAUUCUGUUAAGGAAGAUUAAGAUCUAACUUCUAUUUUAUCAAUUGCAAGGACUACUUACUUAAUUAUUAUAUUAGCUUCAUUUUUUUUUAUAAAGGACUCUAAUGAAAUGGUUGUUGAUCCUAUUGAAAGAAUGUUAGAAAAAAUAAAAAUGAUAAGUAGAUGUCCUUUAGAAGCUGCGAGAAUAUCAUAAGAUCAAGAAAUAGCAGAAGAAGAGUUAAUAAAAACAUUAAAUUAAAAAUAAUUAAAUGAACUUUAAAUUUAAAAAAAAUACGAAACUUCUAUUCUAGAAAGUACUAUAAUUAAAAUCGGAGCUUUAUUAGCUUUAGGAUUUGGAGAAGCCGGUUCUUAAAUUAUUGGAAAAAAUAUGAAUGGAGACGGUAAAGUAAAUCCAAUGAUCCCUGGAAGAAAAAUAUUCGCGAUAUUUGGAUUUGUUUCAAUUCGUAAUUUUGCUGAUGUUACAGAAGUUUUGGAAGAAAGAGUGAUGAUAUUUGCAAAUGAAAUUGCUGAAAUUGUACAUUAUGUCUGUGAUUGUUUUCAUGGAGUUGCUAAUAAAAAUUUAGGUGAUUGCUUUUUGAUGGUUUGGAAAUUUAAAGAUGAAGAUGAAUUAAUUAAUUUAAAUGAAAAAGAAGAAGUUGAAGUUAAAAAAUUAACCAAUUGUUAAAAUUUUACUGAUUUAGCUCUCUUAGGUUUUCUUAAAACAUUAGCUUGUUCAUACAAAUUAUCACAAACAUAAAAAUUUUAAAGUCAUAUAGAAUAAAUAAGGAAAACAAACUAACAAUUUAAACUAAAAUUAGGAUUCGGUUUACAUAUAGGAUGGGGAAUUGAAGGGUCAAUAGGUUCUUAAUUUAAAAUAGAUGCAAGUUAUUUAAGUCCGAACGUAAAUUUAGCAAGUAGAUUAGAAAAUGCAACAAAAUAAUACGGAAUUCAAUUAUUAAUGAGUGGUGGAUUAUAUAGAAUGCUAUCUUAAAAAACGUAAAGUUAUAUAAGAUAAGUAGAUAGAGUGACUGUAAAAGGAUCAUAUUAGCCUAUGGAUUUAUAUACUUGUGAUAUGGACUAAUAAUCUUUAAAUAUAAAAAUUUUUCCACUGAAAAAUUAAGUUGAGUAGAAAGGAUAAAAUAAAAAAAUUUUAAGAUUUAUUUAAAGAAAGAAAAAAGAUGAAAGAUAUGAGAAAAUUAUAUAAAAUAAAUUAAUGGUAAAUAAACUUUUUGAAGUUGAUAAUGAUUUAUAUCUAAUGAGAUAAAACUAUACUGAAGAAUUUUUCAAUAUUUUUCAUCAAGGUAUUAAUGAAUACCUUGAAGGAAAUUGGCAGUAAGCACAUAUUAAGCUUAUACAGGCUUAAGUAUUAUUUUUUUAUUUUAUAAUAUUUAAUUUAAUAAAAAUGAAUUAUAAGGCUGUUUUAUUGUUUACAAUUGAAAAUAAUUAAUAUUAUAAAGGAAAAUUAACAGAAGAUGGACCUUGCUAAACUAUUAUUAAAUAUAUGAGCAAAUUUGAUUAUUAAGCUCCUAAAGAUUGGAAAGGAUAUAGAGAAUUGAUAGAAAAAUGA